CGGCGUAUCUCGUGCUCGCGAUCAUUCGGAGUUCGCGCGUCGUGAAGCGCGGGAGUGUCGACGCGCGAUAAUCACGCGCUCUUCUACACGUUGUGCAUUGUGUCGUGUCGUCGAGUGAAAAACGCGGGCACGAUCAAAAUGUGACAGCUCCUGCAAUCUCUCCGGUGCAUGGAAAAGGAUCGACAAAUCGUUCAACGAGGAACGAACUUGACCCGGAAACUGUGCGCACGUACCCGGUGUCUGCGAAAUACUUCCCGGGGAAUAUGAGUUCGGCGAGUGCGUGAAGUUUGGCCGAAGCCAACGAGAAGCAAGGAUCGCCGAGGAUAAGCCAGCCGGCCAGCCGGCGUAGGAGGGCGAAAGGGGCGCAGAGAUUUCCGGGGGCCCGACAUGCGAUAAAGGAUAUACGUAACAACGAGCAUGGAGAACCAAGGUUUCGAGGAGGAGCAUCAGCCAGGCAUCCCACCGUCGGAGCAAUCGUUCGCUUUGCCGCGGAUCGAUUUCGUGGGCCACGCGUCCGCGUCGCACGUGGCGGACGGCCACGUGUACGAGGACAUCCUGCCGGGAAUAGAGUCGGUCACGAGGAUCUCCAUCGCCGCGGAUCAGCGGCCGAGCAGCAACGAGCAACCCUCGCAGCUCGAAGGAGACAGAAUUUCGCGAGCGGCAACGACGACGACGACGACGAUGCUCGAGCAAGACGAGUUGUCCUGCGGUUUCCGACGGAACCUGACGCUGCCGUUCCGUCGGUCCGGCGGCCUCGAUCCCGCCGGCGCGAACAGUUCCGUGCGCGUGACCAGCCGCGAGAAGAGCAGCUGGCACGAGGAAGCGGAAACCGCGGGAAACGCGGAAACGAUCGCGCCGUCGAUCGAGAAAGAUCGCGAUGCCAGGCAGCAGCCGGUCGAGGCCAGGCCUAACAGGAGGCGCAGGAAGAAGGACUGCAAGCAUUGCAGGAGCAAGGCCGUCGCGUCGACGUACGACCGGGAUUGCGAGAUCGACGAGAGGGAGAACGAGGAGGAGAUCGUGUCGAGGAAGAACCGGGACAACAAGCAGCGACAGUUCCCGGCGCUGAUCGAAGAUCCGAGGACGAUCCUCGAUCCGUGCGACCUCGCCGCGGUCAGAACCUACCCGCCGAUCGGCAACAACGGUGACAAGCAGCAGCACCACCCUGCCAGAGGGACGGAGCCCCUCUGCGUUUUCACGAUCACCGAGAAGCCCGCGGCCUCGCCGAAAACGCAGCCGAAGCUGAUCGAGCUGGAGGAUCCAAGGGGCAAGGAGGUCAACAAGCCUGUCCUCGCGCAGGAGAAGAGCAGGGCCGGGAUGAGGGUGAACUCGAUCUACUCGCAGGACAGAUGGUACGCCAAGGAGGCGCCUAUCUUCUGCACGGACGUCAAGGAGCACGGAUCCUUUCAGAUAAGCGAUUAUCGAGGAACAUCGGGCGAGAAAGGCCUGCUCGAGGAGAAUGCGGUGCCGAUGGCCGAAUUUCAGAGGGCUUACUCCCUCCCGGUGCGAACGCAGACCCCGUCCUCCCAAAAUCGCGCGAAUCAACGAAGAAGCGUGCGGGCAGAGCCACCCCCGCAUCCGGCCAGGCUGCGGAAACACAGGCACGGCUGGACUCUACACUUGGCGCGGCCUCUGAAGACUUCCGGUUGCUCGAGGUCCUUGGUCCUCGUGUUGCUGCUGAUCCUGGCGCUCCUCGGAAUCGGCGCCAUUGCUCUCUACAUCGUGUUCGAGCCGGAGAAGCUGCAGAUCAUCCAACAGUACCUGAAGUCGUCGGCGAACGACUCGUCGACGGUGGAAACGCCGACCGCGGGAACGUUGUCGAUGAACGCAUCGUCGACGACGACGACGACGCCGGUCAGCAGCAGCAGCAUGAUCGCGACCGUGCUUUUAAGCGGCGACCAGUCAUUUCCGGAGAGCGGCGCUCGUACCACCGCGGAACCGGAAGCGGAAGCGAGCAGUCCGCCGGCCGUCAACUCCACCAGAUACUGCGACGACUGCCUGAACGGGGAGGUGUGCGUCGCCCUCGUCGACGAAGAGGUGCCGAUCUGCAGGACCGGCCUGGAUCUCGAGGACCCGACCGGAUGCGCCGGCUUCUGCCUCGUCAACAAGCAGAAGUGCCAUCGUCUCGACGUCGACGCGUUCAGGUGCGUGGAGGUGGAGCACUACUGUCUGGACGACGAGUGGACGUGCGCGAAUACUCUCUGCAUCCCCUUGGAGAAGCGAUGCGACGGCCACAUGAAUUGCUACGACCAUUCGGACGAAUUCAAUUGCGAAUGCGAUCCAGAGACGCAUUUCCAGUGCGGUAAUGAGACCUCCUGCCUUCCGUUGGAGAAGAGAUGCGACGGCAAGAUAGAUUGCUGGGACGCGGCAGACGAGAUUAAUUGCACGCUCGGUGGUAAUCUCGGGUGGUCGUGUCCGUCGAAGAACGAGUUCACGUGCAGCGACGGCCAGUGCAUAUCGGAAGCUCGUUUCUGCGACGGCCUGCCAGACUGCGUCGACGGGUCCGACGAGCCAUCCGGUUGCCAAGGACGUUGCAACAAGCACGAAUUCACGUGCCAAAACAAUAGGUGCAUCACGAAGGGGAUGAAGUGCAAUGGUGUCGACGACUGCGGCGACGGAACCGACGAGAGGCACUGCAAGCACAGAAUCCUCUGAUCUCUCGUACCGGCCGAGUCUAUAUCACAGUAUUUUUCUUACAGGAAGAGAGCGACGAAUGUAAUUAAUGUAUAUAUUUAUACAUAUAUAUACCAUUGUGCCGUAUAGAUAUGCAGCGAUGCAUAAUAAAUUGUUUACAUGGCGGUAUACAAGCGGUCGACUGCAAUUAGGAAAUGACAUAUUUUAUUGAUGUAUAAUAGUCGAUUACAAGUGCCGUAUUUUAUACCGCGAAGUCUUUUUCAAUGAAACAUUAUACAUUUAUAGGUUUCCUCCUC